CUGUGUCACGGCAUCUUAACGCUAUCUAUUCUUGCACUACCCAAUAAAUAUGUCUGGUCGCGGUAAAGGUGGAAAAGGUCUUGGAAAAGGAGGUGCCAAGCGUCACCGAAAAGUUCUACGUGACAAUAUUCAAGGAAUUACCAAACCAGCUAUCAGACGUCUCGCCCGCAGAGGAGGAGUGAAGAGAAUCUCUGGUUUAAUCUAUGAAGAAACUCGUGGUGUCCUGAAAGUAUUUUUGGAGAACAUUAUCCGGGAUGCUGUCACUUACACAGAGCACGCCAGAAGGAAAACGGUCACGGCCAUGGAUAUUGUUUACUCACUGAAAAGACAAGGGCGUACCUUAUAUGGUUUUGGUGGUUGACAGAAUUGGCACUUGCCGAACGACUUUCAAGAAUUUCUUCAAUGAAAGUUAUUUUUCUUUUAAUAUUUAAACGUGGCUUGCAAGAUUUAUAGCCAGUACAUUUAUCGAAGAUAUAAUUAUACUCUUUAAAAUUAUGGUGGCUGUCUAGACUAGAACGUUUGUCGGCUGCCUAUUUUACAAAGCUUUUUAUUCAUUUCUCUAUAUCACGUUAACCCACAACUUUUGCUUGAAGAUUAAUAUUUCUGCAACUGUCCUGGUACAGAAUUUCUACAGUCUGACUAGUCUGUGAUGAACUUUUAUAAAGCUCAUCGAGAGCCGAUUAACUAAUUUGGACUGAACAAAUUUUGUAUUUUCCUCUCAUUUUGCCUCCUUUUUAAAAUCCUGUUCCUAAGCUCUUUUAGAGAAAGCUGACAUUUCUCUCUCGUGAAAACUUAGUAACUCGGAUACAGUGAAAUGGAAACUCGGUUAAUUGCAUCUCGUAUUACUUAAAAAUUCGAUCUAAUAUCUUGGAUUUAUUUUUUUGGUUGGUGGGGGAGAGAGUAAUCUCCGAAAGGAAUUGCAUAAGAUUUGAUUAAACUUUUUUUAACUAAAAAGGAAAAUAUAAAUCUAAUUGUAAUUCGGUAGUAAAUAGCUGCAUUACAUUUACCCAGAAUAACCUUAUCAAAAAGCAAUUUUGUAUUCCGAUUACGGGACCUAACGUAAAGAAGCUUGUGAAAACUGUGUAGUGUACUUUAUAGUACUUAGUUAAAUUUAGGUAAACCUUUUGUUAGCCUGCAAUUUCUCUCGGUGAUAUCACUUAGUGAAUGCAUUUUUGCUGAAAUCUGAAAAUGUGUCUUGCUUUCCUACGUCAUUUCUUAAAAUCUGCAAAUACUGAACUCUCGGAAAGAACUAAGGUUUUCACCAUUUUUUUGUUUCCUCUACAGUAUAUUUAACACUCGUCUUGCCUAAGCACUUGCACAUAAGUUUGCUUAUGUGUUAACUAUAACGUGGCUCAGUGCAAACUACGUAGAAAAACAUGGUCGAAACAUCAUUGGAAUAUUUUAGUGUGUGUGUAUGUACACUAUUCUUUAUUUUCUUU